AUGUCAAAGCAGACGUCUCUUCGAAAAUAUGGCAAACAAUCUAAAAAAGCCAAGAGUGACCGCUUAUUCGUCGAGCUACCACGGACUCCAGUACGAAGCCAAUCGAAAACUGUAAAAGACGAUGAUUCUUCAGAUACAGCAGCCUUUGACGACUUAACUAAUAAAAUAUCUACAAUAACCCUUCAAAAUGAUGUCCCUAUACAGGCAGAGCCCGUCAGGCGCUCUCCUAGAAGGAAAGAACAACAUACACUAGCACUACCACCAUCAUCACCACCAAAAAUUAAAUCGACCAAGCUCGAAGUACCUGAGAUAUCAUUUCCAUCCAAUUUGGAGAUGCAGGGAACCACGGAAGAUGCGGAGCCGGACGGGGCACUGCAGAUACUUUCCUGGCCCGAUAUAUGUCCAGCAGGCGAUAAGAUCGUUAAGAUAGCGGAGGCUUCUUACGCUGAAGUAUAUCGCGUGACGAACGAGCGAGGGACUAGUAUUAUUAAAGUGAUCCGGAUGGAAUCACCAAUCAAGGCUCAAACGAAAGCUCAGCAGAAGUCCGGACUGGUCGAUGAAGAACCCCACUCAGAAUCGGAUCUGAUAGGAGAACUAAAGAUCUCGGAAUGGCUUGCUGACAUACCUGGCUUUGUCGUCUACAAAGAAAGGUAUAUCGUGCAGGGGAAGGCGUGUAAGGAGUUGCUCGAGACUCACCAGGCCUUUCAUAAGAAGAUCAAACGUCAAGAUCCCGAUCGACUACAGUUCUACCCUUCGCCGAGUCGGUAUCUAGACAGCACAAGAUUUCUAGUAGUUGAGUUGGGCGACGCAGGAACAGCAUUGGAAGACUUCCAUCUAGAAUCUUCUGAUCAACUAUGGGACAUAUUCUUUCACGUCGCCAUCGCGUUAGCGCGCGCCGAAGCUCACAUCGAAUUUGAGCAUCGUGAUCUCCACGAAGGAAACCUAUGCAUUCGAAAGACGGGAGAUCGUAUUCCCACCGAGGAUCGAGACCGUUCCAGUCACUUUGGAUUCUCCGGCCUCGAAAUCACAAUCCUCGACUACGGUCUUUCUCGAGCUCACGCCGACAGUCAAGUCGAAGGUUCUCAGCCGAUUGCCUACGACUUAGAAAGAGAUCUAGGCAUAUUCACCAGCGAACACGCCCCGCAAUGUGAAGUCUAUAGGCGCAUGAGAUCGUUUUUCCUGAGGGGAGAUCGGGUAUGCCUCCCACCGCAAAGUCACAAGACUGCCUACGAAAACGGAGUCGAUGGCCCAAUCAUGUGGGCCCAACACGAGCCAUACACAAAUGUCCUGUGGCUUGCGUAUAUUUACGAGUGGAUAACGAACCAUUUCCGAGGAACCAAGAAGGAGCUGAAUGCCUUUAAGCGCCUGACGAAAGAACUUUGGCUGUACUUAGAUCCUGACGCCGACGACAGCGUCCCCGGUUUCGAUAGCGCGAGCGAUGUUGUGAGAUUCGCGGUAGAAUCGGGAUGGAUUGAGGAAGAACAGUUAAUGGGGGUCAGGGAAGACAUUGAGAAAUCGAUAUUAUCGAUCCUGGCGAAUGAUAAUGACUUGGGUGAAGAUGUGGAUGGCGAAGGGGACACAGAGACCCCUAUUCGAAGGUCACCUAGAAGGCGACAACGAAACGCCGCCUGAAUCGAUAUCGAAUGAUAAUUGGCGUUGGGACUAGCAGGCCUUUGGGGGUAUAAAUUUGCUUUUUCGAAUAGAAUCGAUGGCUGAGCAUCGACUUCAUCUUGGUCAAUUCCAAGCAAGGCGUUACAUAAUGGAAGUCUAAGAAACGAUAGAGAUAGCCUAAAUCAAAGAUAUACUAGGUACUCAUUUUUACUCA